CAGCCCCGGAUUCUUGGCGCGCGAGAGCGACGACGGACCAAGAUGGCGGACGGCGGCGGAGCUGAGGCGGCGGAAUGGGCCGCGGGAGGCUCGGAAGGAGACGAGGAGCUCGAGUCCGAAGACUCGUCCGGGGGCGACGGGGAAGAAGAGGAGGAGAAGGAGAACGAGGCCGAAAUCCAGCGCUUGGAGGAGCAGCUUUCGAUCAAUGCCUUUGACUACAAUUGCCACUUGGAUCUGAUCAAGCUGUUGCACCAGGAAGGGGAGCUGGUGCGUCUCCGCAGGGCCCGCCAAAAGAUGAACGAACUUUUCCCUCUCACCGAAGAGCUCUGGCUCGACUGGCUGAAGGACGAGAUCCGCGUGGCUUCCGAAAACUCCGAGCGGGAGAAGAUCUAUGAGCUCUUUGAGAGAGCAGUGAAGGACUACAUCUGUCCCGAAGUCUGGCUGGAGUUUGCCCAGUACUCCAUUGGCGGCAUCGGCCAGGAGGGAGGCAUCGAGAAGGUCCGCUCCGUCUUUGAGAGGGCACUCACGGCCGUCGGCCUCCACGUGACCAAAGGGAGUGCUAUCUGGGAGGCCUUCCGGGAGUUUGAGAAUGCCAUCUUGAGCACCUUGCAGCCUCCUGCCGGUGGGGUGUUGUCCUCUGAGAAGCAGCCGGCCCUCACCGCACAGCUUGAGAAGAUCCACACACUCUUCCGGCGCCAGUUGGGAAUCCCUUUAAUGGAUAUGGAAACCACCUUUACCGAGUACGAGGAGUGGUCUGAGGAACCCGUCCCAGAAGCAGUGGUCAAAAACUACCAGAAGGCCUUGCAGCAGAUGGAGAAGUACAAGCCCUACGAAGAGGCCCUGCUCACAGCGGAGGCACCCAAGCUGGCCGAAUACCAGGCUUAUAUCGACUUUGAAACCAAGGUUGGGGAUCCGGCUCGCAUCCAGCUCAUAUACGAACGGGCCCUGGCCGAGAAUUGUCUUGUGCCGGACCUGUGGGCUCGCUACACUCAGUAUCUGGACCGGCAGCUCAAAGUGAAAGACCUGGUGCUCUCAGCACACGAGCGAGCCGUACGGAACUGCCCGUGGACCGUCAAGCUGUGGAACCAGUACCUGCUGGCCCUGGAGAGGCACCACGUGGAGCAUGCGCGGGUCUCGGAAACCUUUGAGAAAGCACUCAACGCCGGCUUCAUCCAGGCCACGGACUACGUGGAAAUUUGGCAGGCCUACCUGGAUUACCUGCGGCGGCGGGUGGAUUUCACGAAAGAUUCAAGCAAAGAACUGGAAGAACUCCGCUCGGCCUUUGCCCAGGCGGUUGAGUAUCUCAAACAAGAAGUAGAAGAGCGCUUCAGCGAGAGCGGAGACCCUUCGUGCAGCAUCAUGCAGACCUGGGCCAGGAUCGAGGCCCGGCUGUGUCACAACAUGCAGAAGGCGCGGGAGCUCUGGGACAGCAUCAUGACCAAGGGCAAUGCCAAGUACGCCAACAUGUGGCUGGAGUACUACAACCUGGAACGGGCGCACGGGGACACCCUCCACUGCCGAAAGGCCUUGCACCGGGCCGUGCAGUGCACCAGCGACUACCCAGAGCACGUCUGCGAUGUGCUGCUCACGCUGGAGAGGAUUGAAGGCACUUUGGAAGACUGGGACGCGGCGGUGCAGAAGACGGAGAGCCGCCUCGCUCGCGUCAAUGAGCAGCGACUCAAGGCGGCCGAGAAGGAGGCUGCCGGCACGGAGCAGCGGAAGCAAACCCGGGCCGAGAAGCGGGCGGCCAAGAAGGCCAAGAAGCCCAAGGCGGGAGACAAGCGCAAGGCCAACACCCAAGGCGACUGGGACCAGCAGGAGGAAGCGAAACAGCCCACCAAGAGGCGCAAGGGUGGCGGCAGUGGUGGCGGCGACGUGGUGGCGGAGAAAGAAGUGCCGGAGGAGGAGGAGGAAGUGGAAGACAUGGAGACGGAGGCUGGGCUCUUUGGAAGGGGGGGCUCUGCCAAAGCCGAGGCCGAGGCCACGGAAGGGGGUCCGUCCCGGUGGAAAGACCUGCCCCGGGUCGUCCACAACAGCGAGAAGGACAACGUCACCGUCUUCGUCAGCAACCUCUCCUACAGCCUGGCCGAGCCGGGCCCCACGCUCCGGGCCCUCUUUUCCGCCUGCGGGGAGGUGGCCGAGGUCCGGCCCAUCUUCAGCAACAAGGGCAGCUUCCGGGGUUACGGCUACGUGGAGUUCAAGGAGGAGACGGCCGCCCGGGAGGCCCUCAAGAUGGACCGCCAGGACCUCAACGGGAGGCUCAUGUUUGUCUCGCCCUGUGUCGACAAGACCAAGCAGCCCGGGUUCAAGGUCUUCAAAUACAGCACUGCUUUGGAGAAACACAAGCUCUUCAUUGCCGGCCUGCCCUUUUCCUACACCAAGGAGGAGCUGGAGGAGCUGUGCAAGGCCCACGGGACUGUCAAGGAGGUCCGUUUGGUGACAAACCGAGCCGGCAGAUCCAAGGGCAUGGCGUAUGUGGAGUUUGAGAACGAAGCCCAGGCCUCGCAAGCCGUGCUGAAGAUGGACGGCCUGGCGGUCAACGACUACGUCAUCAAGGUGGCCAUCAGCAACCCGCCCGCCCGCAAGCAGCCCGAGGCAGCCGAGAGGGCCCCGCAGCCCCCACGGCAGAGCUAUGGCGCCCGGGGCAAAGGCAGGACCCAGCUGGCGAUGGUGCCGCGGGCGCUGCAGCGGCAGAGCAACCCGCCGGCGAAGGCGGAGAACGGCACGGCUCAGAACCCGCCCACCACGGCAGCCCCGGCGGAGGCCAAAAAGAUGUCCAACGCCGACUUUGCCCGCUUGCUGCUCAACAAGUGAGUUGAGGGUCACCCCCUUGGAACGAGUUUCCGCCUCGAGAUGUUGAAAGUGGUUGCGUUUGGGGACCGGGUGAAAACGGCUCGCGACGCUCCCUCAUAUUGAGGGAUAAUGGGUUUGGGGACCACGACAACGACCCCGACACACACGAUACGCAUGACCCCCCCCCUCGAUACGCAGAACGCCCUUUGGAUUUGUGGAUAUACCUUCCCGUCCAGCAGCAGAUACUAGCAACUUCACCGUAAUGGCCUCUUUUCGUACCGGGGUCCACGGGGUGGGUGGGGAAAUCGGUGUGUAGGAAUGUGCAAAUCCGUUCCGUUUUCAUUCUGAAUUUGGCGUGCCCGUCGUUCUGUUUUCAGGAAGGUUCCGGGAGAUUAGGAGGGAUUUGUAGAAAAUUAUUAUUAUUGGAAUAAUAUUCAUAACAUCUUCACAUUAAAGUACAAUUUAAAAUCCACAACGUAAUAAUUCCAUGCUGGGACUAGGAAAAAUAUUAUUUGAAUAAUAAUAAUAACAGAACAUUAAAGUACAAUUUAAAUUCUUUACUUAAAUGUGAUAAUAAUAGAUUAUUAAUAAUAUUAUUCCAAUAAUAAUAAUACUCGAAUAUUAUUAUUAUUAUUAUUAUUAUUAUUGGAAUAAUAUUAGUAAUAAUGUAAUAUUAAAGUACAGCGGUGGGCUCGUAAAAAUCUGAAAACAGACCGGAAUUCUGUGUCGUUUUGCACACCCCUAGUUUCUAUUGAACCUGUAUUGACAGUUUGGCUCCAGUUGAUUUUUAUAUAUAUAUAUAGAUAUAUAUAAUCUCUAUUUGUGUAUUUGUAAAUGAUACGACGGACUCUUUGUUUUCUAAGCUCGGUUGGACAUGAUGCUUCCGUGGACCAUUUGGCAUCGGUGUUUGCCAAAGACCCGUUGGGUUGGUUUUGUUUUUUUUUUUCUCUCUUUGUUUGCAAAGUUCGGGAUGAUGUCUUUUUUUUUUUGAGCUCUGUACAUAAUAGCAUGAAGUGUGAACGUAGUUUCCCCCCCUCCGCACUGUUUGGGUUCAUUAAAGUACAUUUCUCAAAAGGUUG